ACCAUCAUCAGUAUACUAAGCGUGAAGGGUCGAGAGCUUCAUUGAUCGGAUCAUGUCUUUCACAUCAUUUUUGAACGACCGGCAAACUCCCGGAGCUGCUCAGCCCCAGACCGCCAACCAGCUCUUCGGGUCGGCCACCUUCCAAACUCAACCUACUCCUAGCCCCUCAACCGGAUCAUCUGAGUUCGCACCAGACGCCCCCGCUGGUAUCACCACUGCUUCGGAUCUCUUCAACGCAUCAGCAUAUGACCCUGCCAAGCUCCACCCUCUGGCUGGGCUUGGGGACAACUUGGAUUACCUCUUGCUGGACGAGGCCAAGCUGCAGGAGUUGCCAGGCGGACAGAGUGCCCUGCCGAGUAGGGGUUGGUCAGACGAACUGAGUUAUGGAACUGGGACUACGUACCUGAGUGGUCUCGCCAUUGGAGGUCUUUACGGAGUGCAAGAGGGCAUGCGUCGUAAUCUCGGGACGUCCUCCUUCAAGCUCCGACUGAACAGCGUGUUGAACUCGGUCACCCGAAGAGGAAGCUUUUUGGGGAACAGUCUGGGUGUACUCGCCUUGAUGUACAAUGCUGUCAACUCGACGAUCGACGCUGUGCGAGGGGAGCACGAUUUUGCCGGUGGGAUGGCCGCAGCAGCGAUCAGUGGAGCCAUCUUCAAGUCUACAGCUGGAGUUAAGCCCGCUCUUGCUGGUGCGACGAUCAUGAUGGGUGCUUCGGCAGCUUGGACCGCUGCCAAAAAGACUCUGCUCUAAGAAGAUUCUCGAGAUACAAAAGAGUCCUCGACGUGAAUAUAUGCAGGCUACAGAACGACAUCUCUACCCCACCUUUUCCCUCUCAUGUGCCCGGUUGUCAGAUCGAAUUCGUGUAUCAUAGCUAGCGGACAGUAGCAAAGCACUCGGGCUGUCCUUGUAGCUCUUGCGACCAUGACAAUACAUCAUCCCACCUCU